AUGGAUAUAGUAAGUCUCACCUGGGCUGCUUUAAUGGUCGUCUUUACAUUUUCCCUCUCACUCGUAGUAUGGGGAAGAAGUGGACUCUAG